AUUUCAACCUAGGAACACGUGGGUCCCUCCAGUUUGUUAAACCAGACAAGACGAUAGAAGCUGAGCUGAGGGUGGUUGAGUACUCUAGGAAAAAUGAAUGUGAGUACUCUUGAAUAGACUGAUGAUGGCCUAAGUCUGCGGUUCUCGACCUGUGUGGGUCGCGACCCCUUUGGGGGAGGGGGUGAACGACCCUUCCACAGGGGUCACCUAAGACCAUCGGAAAACACAUAUUUAUGAAGUACCAACGUAAAUAAUUGUAUGAUUGUUUUUUGUGGGGGGGGGGGUCACAACAACAUGAUGAACCGUAUUAAGGGUCACGGCAUUAGGAAGUUUGAGAAACACUGUCCUAAGUGAACGUGUGUAUAGUGAUGAUAGAUUGACGAUACCCUAAUUGGACGCAUGCGCACUGUUGAUAAAAUUGAUUGAUGAUACUUAUAAAUUCACGUGUGUAGAUUUGAUAGAACGAGAUCCAUUGAGUGAAUUAAAGCUAUCCAAGUGUUGAAAACAUGAAGGUAAUCUGUGACUGUAAUUAUUCAGUACUGACUGCUGCAACACACUGUAUCCUUUUGCCACAGUGACAAGACACUUAAUCAAAAAGUGACCCCCCCCCCAACCUUACGCUUAAUGACUAUAUUAUCAAUAGUGUGUCUUAGUUACUGUAGAUUGUAUUUUAAGACAAAAUAGUCUUAAAUUGAAGCUAACACUGAAUGAAUUAGAAUUCGCGUGAUUUUAUAAAGUUUGGAACAGCAAAUAAAUUAACGAUUUGCUCAUCUUCAAGUUAAUCAAUGUUCUUGAGACUAAGUCCCGCCACGCACAUUGGAAUAUAUCUAGUCAUAAUAACUCAUUAUCCCUUUUCUAUCAUUAUAAGUUGCCUUAUUUUUUUUUUUUUGGAAUCAUUCCUUACAGUUAGGACCGAAAGAUUUUAAUGCAAUUUUCGUCCCAAGUCUGUAAGAAUUUACCAGCGCUAUCAAAUCUAAAUGAUCACUAAUAAACUCAUUUCUCUCACUAAGGACGAUGAGAUUUUUUGGUUGGUAUAUGAUGGCUGAUUUUUACGCUAGAGAAAUACUUAAGAUGUCUUGUGUUUAAAUUGUUCUAAUUGUAAAAUUUUGUCUUGGAAAUCAAGAUGUAUAAUUCAAUUGAAAAAUAUGUUGCUUUUUUUUAAUCAAUAUAAGAAUCUUACCUCACCUUUUAUGCCCCUGCCUGUCCCCUAUCUUACCUCACCAUUUAUGCCCCUGCCUGUCCCCCAUCUUAUCACACCUUUUAUGCCCCUGCCUGUCCCCUAUCUUACCUCACCUUUUAUGCCCCUGCCUGUCCCCUAUCUUAUCUCACCUUUUAUGCCCCUGCCUGUCCCUUAUCUUAUCUCACCUUUUAUGCCCCUGCCUGUCCCCCAUCUUAUCUCACCUUUUAUGCCCCUGCCUGUCCCCCAUCAUAUCUCCCCUUUUAUGCCCAAGCAUGUCCCCCAUCUUAUCCCACAUUUUAUGCCCAAGCAUGUCCCCCAUCUUAUCCCAAAUUUUAUGCCCAAGCAUGUCCGCAUCUUAUCUCAUCUCCCCUUUUAUGCUCCACAGCUUGUCCCCCUGACACCUUCGACUGCCAAUAUCAAAAUCUCUGCAUCGCCGGGAGCCUNCUUACCUCACCGUUUAUGCCCCUGCCUGUCCCCUAUCUUAUCUCACCUUUUAUGCCCCUGCCUGUCCCUUAUCUUAUCUCACCUUUUAUGCCCCUGCCUGUCCCCCAUCUUAUCUCACCUUUUAUGCCCCUGCCUGUCCCCCAUCAUAUCUCCCCUUUUAUGCCCAAGCAUGUCCCCCAUCUUAUCCCACAUUUUAUGCCCAAGCAUGUCCCCCAUCUUAUCCCAAAUUUUAUGCCCAAGCAUGUCCGCAUCUUAUCUCAUCUCCCCUUUUAUGCUCCACAGCUUGUCCCCCUGACACCUUCGACUGCCAAUAUCAAAAUCUCUGCAUCGCCGGGAGCCUGACCUGCGACUAUUACCCCGACUGCCCCAAGGGCAGGGACGAGCAGAACAAGUGCGCCGACAACACUCAGGUCGGGUUCUACGUCUUCUUCGGGGUCCUCGCCACGCUCUUCUUCAUCUGCGUCGGCGCCGUGAUCUUCUGCGAGGAGAUGAGUCGGCGAAGGCGCGUGAACCAGCCUCUCAACCUCGGCAACACGGUAUUGCAACCCCACCCGUUCGACGGCGGCAGCAUCACUUCGGCAGACGCUCCACAGGCAAACUCGCAGCCCUACCC